UAUGUCCGUGUAAUUCUUGUUUAAAAUGUCUCCCUAACAACCGACCCUGGGACUCAAACAGUGGAACUUUUGCAGCGGUCCAAACGCCUCCUGAGAGUUGGAAUGGCAGGAACCGGCGAGGGAAAGAAGGAAGAGGUCGACUACAAGAGACUACACAGCUUCCCUCUCAUCAGGCACACGGACAUGCCCGAGGAAAUGAGAGUGGAGACGAUGGAGCUGUGUGUGACCGCGUGUGAAAAGUUUGCCACCAACAAUGAGAGCGCCGCCAAGAUGAUCAAGGAGUCCAUGGACAAGAAGUUUGGCAGCUCGUGGCACGUGGUGAUCGGUGAGGGCUUCGGCUUUGAGGUCACGCACGAAGUGAAGAACCUUCUGUACAUGUUCUUUGGUGGGAGUCUGGCCGUGUGCGUGUGGAAGUGCUCCUAGCACACACACGUAGACACACAAUUGCUUUUUAAAAAAAAUGUUUUGCUGGUCCCACUCUGCUCGCCAAUUCGGUGAAACAAAACCAGCCGCCAGUUGGACUCUGGCUACAAAAAGUCGCUGAGGUUGACAACUACUCGGACUUGUGGAGAAGAACUCUGACAUCCAGUCUUGACUCGCAGACACCUGAACAGCUUCCUGCCUUAUCUCACAUUUCUCUUUUCUUUUCAAGCAGUUUUCAUAGUGUCACACUCACUUUGACAAUAUAACACAGCCGGCCAGGGUCUCCAAACACCUUUGUCCUCUUUCCUCUGCAGGGAGCAUCUGGCGUGUAGGUGUUUGUGUGUGCUGGACAC